CCGAGACGCCACCGCGGACGAGACGGACGCAGUCGUGUGUACCGAACCGAACGGGUCGCUGACGCACGUCCGACAUACCCACACCGACUAACCUAACCGACUUUGACGCGAAUCGGUUGAUCGGUCUCCGCGAGAGCAGACUUCUGCGAGACGCGCACACGGUCGUCGUCAGAGGUGCUCGUUUUUUUUUUUUUUUCUCGUUGCGCCUCCUUUGCCCGUUCGAUAUUUGUUUCUCGUUUCCAACCCUUAUUCGCCAGUCCCGAUCCGAUAUCUCGGCACGCGCGUUGACGCCCGAGAGAACGGCUAACCGCUCGUGCCCAGGCGUUUCCGCGCGAAACGUCGUCGCCCGCGUACGGGUGCGUGUGCCGUGCGCGCCCGCGCCGUGACAUGCCGUGAUCUGCUGCUGCUGCUGCUGCUGCUGCUGAACACGUUCCACGGCCGCAAACAACCGUCGCGGUAACCGACCGGCAACCGAGGCGACUACCGGAACGCGCGCUCCGAAGGCGCUUUACGGAUCUCAAUCGCCGAAACCGGAAAAUGCCAGAAAAACAUUUCACUCAACUGGAGACCGCGCCAAAAGUGUUGGGACUUUACGGAGGAGGGACGUGGGGGUCCGUCAAGACGUUGCUUGGAGCUGGGGUGGGGGGGCUCGGGCCUUUCCCUUGCAGAGAAAACGAACCGUUCUGGAAGAUGCCGCACAAAGACGAUUCGGAUCAUUGCAACAUGACGGCCGCGGCCGCUGCGAUGGUCCAGAGCUCGGCGGCUCUGUUCGGUUGUUCGGCGGCCGGUCACAGCGGCAUCAACCAGCUGGGCGGCGUGUACGUGAACGGCCGACCGUUGCCGGACUCGACGCGCCAGAAGAUCGUCGAACUCGCGCACUCCGGGGCCAGACCGUGCGACAUAUCGCGCAUACUGCAAGUGUCCAACGGUUGCGUGUCAAAGAUUCUCGGCAGGUAUUACGAAACCGGUUCGAUCAAGCCGCGCGCUAUUGGCGGCUCGAAACCCCGGGUGGCGACCAAUGGCGUAGUGAACAAGAUUGCCGACUACAAGCGCGAGUGUCCAUCCAUCUUCGCGUGGGAGAUCAGGGACCGGUUGCUGUCCGAAGGGGUGUGCAGCAACGACAACAUACCGAGCGUGUCGUCCAUCAACCGGGUGCUGAGAAACUUAGCCGCGCAAAAGGAACACCAGGCCUCGUCGGCCCAUCAACCGGGCGGUGGAGGAGGUUUGGGCGGCGGCGGCGGCAGCGGCGGUGCUGCCGAGUCGGUGUACGACAAGCUUCGCAUGUUCAACGGGCAAACGGGUUGGCCGUGGUACGCUGCACCGCCGCCGCCACCCCCGUCGUCAGCCGGAGGAGCGGCGGUGCACGGCGGUGCUCCGUCGCCGCACCACCCGGCACUGAUCGGAUCGGCUGGCCAUCAUCCCGGGAACCCGGCGGCCGCUUCGUUGGCCGCGGCCACCGCUGCAUCACUCACCGCCGUGUCCAGGGACGAGAUCCAAAGGAGAGCUGCUGAAUUGGCACCGGAGAGCACAUCCGAUGGCAACUCGGAGCACAAUUCGUCGGCGGACGAUGAUUCGCAACUAAGACUUAGACUGAAAAGGAAACUGCAAAGAAACAGGACUAGUUUCACCAACGACCAAAUAGACAGCUUAGAAAAAGAGUUCGAGAGAACACAUUAUCCGGACGUGUUCGCCAGAGAGAGGUUGGCCGAUAACAUUUCCUUGCCGGAAGCCAGAAUCCAGGUGUGGUUCAGUAACCGACGGGCGAAAUGGCGGCGCGAGGAGAAAUUGAGAAACCAGCGCAGAGGCGGCGGCGGAGGAGGCGGAGGACACGACCAGCAAAACGGCACGCCAGCCGCGUUGUCUUCUUCGUCCGCGUCCGUCAGCCCGCCGGCCGGUGCCACGUCGAACGCGACCGGUGGUGGAGUUCCCGGCGGAGGCGGCGGCGGUGGCGGCGGCGGUCACAACAACCGACUGUCGUCCAUCCAAGCGGCCGGAUUCAAUCACAUGUACCAGUCCAUCUCGCAACCGAUCGCCACCAUGCCGACCGACAACUACGGGUCCAUGUCCAGCAUGGUGUCCAGCGGCCAUCACCACCACCAUCACCAUCACCCGGCCAGCUCGUACCCGUACAUGUUCCAUCACCCGCCGCCGGACUCGCUGUACAACCAUCCGGUGUCCUCGUCGCCGCGCGUCCCGUGCCAGCCGGCGCCCGCGCACUCGGUCAACGCCAACACGCACCCGGCCGCCUAUCCCACGUCCACGCACCACGCGUCCAACACGUCACCCGGCGCCACGGGCACAGGCGUAAUAUCUGCCGGAGUUUCGGUGCCGGUGCAAAUACCGUUGAGCCAAGCCCCCGAACACACGUACUGGUCGAGGCUGCAGUGAACGCUUGGCCGCCGACGGAACAUCGUGUGCAUCGUAUUACGGACCGGCAUUUCGUUUAUUCAACAAACGCCGGAGAACUUCAAUUAUUCGUGUACCGUAAUAAUAAUAAAACGUAUUUUGCGCAAUACAUAUAUAUAUAUAUAUAUAUAUAUAUUGGUACUCGCUAUAAAUCGUAUAUUAACUUGUAAGAUAUUAUUGUCGAAUGUAAUCGAUAUUGUACAUAAAUAUAUAUAUUGUUCAUAAUACUUAUUAAACCAUAAGCAGAGCAGAAAAAAUACGAAUCAAUAAAAUGUACACAAUUAUUAUGUAUGAAAAAAAAAAUUAUUAUUUAUGUACACACCGAUUUAUAUAUUAUAUCAUUACGUCGAACGGUAGUCGUUGGUUAGUCGUCAUGUUUUAAUUUUCAUCCGCGUACCGGUUUCUUUUAUAUUUUGGUUUUUUCUCGUAGUAAGACUGUGCAACUGUGUGUAACGUCCGUCACGAUAAAAGUCUCGCGCGUAUCUUAUAGUUAUAUGAUAUAUGUUAUUUUUACGAUAAAUGUAGAUUUUCUAGUAGCUAACGUGAUUCGAUUUUUUUUCUUUUUUUCUAAUUUGUACACUACAAUAAAAUAUAUUAAGAUUUAUAUAUAUAUAUAUAUUAUGAACAUAAUG